GAGUGAACUUUUCUUCAAAAAGUAGUUCUCCGUUUUGCAAGAAGAUAAUAGUUUAUAAAUAAAAAAAAUUUAAUGCAAUUUGUUGUAUUUCUGGGUCCAUCAUAUUUUUUUAAUCUAUCUAUGAAAUAUGUCUCAUUAAUGCUUAUGUAAAAUAUCCUAUUGCUUUUAUUUUAGGUGGGAAGAACAGUUGUCAGUUGUAAUUAAAAUUUUCUACAUCAAAAUUUAAUCUUGCGAUAAUAAUAUAUGACUGUUAAUAAGAAUGAAAGAUUGUGUGAUUUGUUGUGAUAAACAAACGAGAUGUGAUUUUGGAAUGGUGAAAAAUAUUUAUAUGCCUACGUAACGUUACUUAAAAAAUUUAAUUAAGAUUAAGUUAAUUAUUGUAAGAUCAUCCAUUUAUGGCAUUAUGAUUUCAGUUAAAUAAGUAUAAUAUCAUUAAAGUAUUAUGCAAAAUUUCCAAGACAUUUAUUGGUAUGUUUCCGAACGAACCUUUAAUGUUAUUAACGAAUGUCAAUGUCAAAAUGACGGGAGAGAUACAAAUGUCAAAUGCCAAUCCAGCGUGCUAAAAAUUUCUUGGCGCUGGCAGUUAUUAAAGUUUAUGAGAAAUAAUUAUUGGUGAGAUAGAUAUAUAAAUCAAAAUGUCUUCAUCAUUUUUUCAAAAAGGUAAAUCAAGGCAAGUAUUCAAAAGAAAAGGUGAAAAAAUAAACAAACCCAAGUCAAAAAAACAAAACGCUCCUAACCUAGAAAACGGUCAAGAAUCUUCUGAUAGUGAAUUAGACCUUAAAAAGUUUUCCGACGCUGAAGAAUCUGAAAGUGAUCAUGAAACUGCUGAAGAAAAGAAGCUAAGACUGGCAAAAAAAUAUUUAGAAGAAAUUGAAAAAGAGGAAGCAAAAAGAGCAGAGGCAAAAGAGUUAGAUGAUGCCAUAGAGAAACGAUUACAAAAAGAUUAUUUGGAACAGAAAGGCAAAUUACGUGUUAAUGUUGCGGAUAGUUAUGUUGCACCAACUGACAAUGAUUGCAAGUUAAUCCGUGCCAGGGAACACCGGCUCACACUCACAUGUGUCUGUGUCAGUUUUGAUGGACAGUAUGUUUUCACUGGCUGUAAGUCUGGAUGUCUUAUUAAAUGGGGAAUAAAAGAAAAAAGAAAACUUGGCUGCUUAACAUUUAAAACUCAUUCUAAUUUCUUCAAAGGUAGUAUAACAUCCGUUGCUAUUUCUUCAGACUCAAAAUUCUUAGCUACCUCAGAUGAAUCAUCUAGUAUAAAUAUAUGGGAUCCACAUACGAUGAAACAUGUACGUACAUUCAAUGGUCAUAAAGACAUUGUAACAGGCCUUGUUUUUAGAAGAAAUACACAUGAUUUGUACUCGGCAAGUAAGGAUAGAUCAAUUAAAAUCUGGUCAUUAGAUGAAAUGGCUUAUGUUGAAACAUUGUUUGGUCAUCAAGCCCCUAUAACUUCCAUUGAUGCUUUAGCAAGAGAGCGAGCUAUCACAGCAGGAAGUCGGGAUACCUCAGUGAGAAUAUGGAAAAUUGUAGAAGAAUCACAACUUAUAUUUAAUGGACCCGUUGGGAGUUUGGAUGAAGUUAAAUUAUUAGAUGAAGAACAUUUUGUAUCAGGCAGUGAUAAUGGAUCUCUUUGUGUGUGGAGUGUUUUGAAAAAGAAACCUUUAUGUACUGUGCCUGAAGCUCAUGGAUCAGAAAAUAAUGUCCCAAGAUGGAUAACAAGUUUAGCAACACUUUUAAAUUCUGACAUGUUCGCCUCAGGUUCUUAUGAUAAUAGUAUCAGAUUAUGGAAAGUGUAUGAUGCAUUUAGAAAAAUAAUACCGUUGUUUAGUAUACAGGCAAAUGGUUUUAUAAACUGUAUGCAAUUUACUAAAGAUGGGACACAAUUGUAUGCUGCGGUAGGUCAAGAGCAUAAGUUUGGAAGAUGGUUCAAGCAGAACAAUGCUAAAAAUGGAUUAUUAAUAAUUAAUUUUACGUUUAAGUAAUAAGUUUUUAAAUAAAAUAUUAUUUUAA